AUGCCCAUAAGAGCGCCCCGUUCCUCGUCUCUUCGCUUCAGGGUCUCAUGUCGCUUCAAUUCCACAGAAUGCUCGUCCAUUCACACCCACACCAUCAAGACACCCGUGGGUAUCAAGGCAGCUAUUGCCGCGUUGAAACCGAAAACGACCCGUCUUUCAAUUGAGGGCCCGAUCGAGUGCAACUUGUCUGGGUUUCAGUUGCUCAAUUCCCCCUUGUUCAACAAGGGCUCUGCCUUCACACGCGAGGAGCGUGAGGCAUUUGACCUAAUCGGCUUGCUUCCUUGUCAGAUCAAUACCCUAGAUGAGCAAGUCGAUAGAGCAUAUGCUCAGUUCCAGUACUUAAAGAGCCCCUUGGCUAAAAACGAUUUCUUGGUGUCGAUGAGAACUCAAAAUAAGGUGCUAUACUAUGAGUUGGUUAGAAGACACAUCAGAGAGAUGUUGCCUAUCAUAUAUACCCCUACCGAGGGUGAUGCUAUUGCUGCCUACUCUCACAGGUUCAGAAAACCCGAGGGGUGUUUCUUGGACAUCACAGACCCGGACUCCAUAGAUAGACGCUUGGCAUUGUAUGGAGAAGACAAGGACAUCGACUAUAUUGUUGUGUCCGACGGAGAAGGCAUUUUGGGUAUAGGUGACCAGGGUGUGGGAGGUAUUCGUAUUACCAUUGCCAAGUUGGGUUUGAUGACUCUAUGUGGUGGUAUUCAUCCCGGAAGAGUUCUUCCUGUGGUUUUGGACGUGGGCACGAAUAACAAGGAACUUCAGCACGACGAAUUGUACAUGGGCAACAAGUUUGACCGUGUAAGAGGUGAGCAGUACUGGGAAUUUGUCGACAAGUUUAUCACCGCUGUUAAAAACAGAUUUCCUUCUGCCGUUUUGCACUAUGAGGACUUCGGCGUUUCCACAGGCCGGAAAAUGUUGCAUAAGUAUAGAGACGCAUUGCCGUCGUUCAACGACGAUAUCCAGGGCACUGGUGCUGUUGUGAUGGCCUCAAUAACGGCCGCCCUCAAGUUUAGCAGACGCGAGUUGCUCGAUACCAAAGUAUUAAUUUACGGCGCUGGUUCGGCUGGAUUGGGUGUUGCCGACCAGAUUGUAAACCACAUGGUCUCGCAUGGCUCGACUGUCGAGGAUGCCUGCAAUAAGAUUACUAUCAUGGAUCGUCGUGGUGUCGUUCUCCAGUCUUUUGAUGACUCCACCGAGGGUCAGAAGCGCUAUGCGGACCCUGAUUCCAUUUGGGAGGGUGUCAACACUAGAUCCUUAAAGGACGUGGUGAGCAAGGUGAAACCAACUGUGUUAGUCGGAUGCUCUACGCAAGCGGGUGCAUUUACUGAGGAGGUCAUCAAAGAGAUGUACAAACACAACCCACAACCAAUUGUGUUCCCACUUUCCAAUCCUACUCGGUUGCACGAGGCUUUCCCUGUCGACAUCAUGAAGUGGACAGAAGACAAUGCCUUGAUCGCCACCGGGUCUCCUUUCAAGCCUGUCAAUGGCUAUGCCAUCUCUGAAAACAACAAUUGUUUCACAUUCCCUGGUAUCGGAUUAGGUGCUGUUCUUUCAAGGUGUACUACCAUCACGGAUACUAUGAUAUCUGCCGGUGUUGACUGCUUGGCGCUGUUGUCCCCCAAAAUGGCUAACCCAAAGAACGGUUUGCUUCCCCCACUUGAGGAGAUUGACGAGGUCUCUGCCCACGUUGCCACAGCUAUCAUCUUGCAGAGUCUUAAAGAAGGCACUGCCCGUGUGGAGAGUGAAAAGAAGCCAGACGGUGGUUUUGUCCAGGUUCCUAGGGAGUUCAACAAAUGUUUGAAAUGGGUUCAGUCGCAAAUGUGGAAGCCCAUAUAUAGACCGCUAGUCAAGGUCCAGCAUGUUCCAGAGGUCCACACGCACCAGCUCUAG